AUCACUUCCAGGUCGGGGAAGGCGAGCGGCUGCUUCCGGCGGGAGGAUGCGGGGGGCGGCCGGGCGCCGCUAGGUCUCCGCCGGGGUGGGCGCGGGGGCGGCCGCGCUCCGCGCUGUCCGCGCAGAAGAUGCUGGCGUGCCUGUGGGGGUUCCUGUACAGCAGCUACUUUCGGUUCUGGCUGAAGUGGAUCCUGAGGCUGCUGACCGGGAAAUGCGAACUGCAGCGCGUCCUCGGCGGCUCGAAGGCCGGCGCGCAGCGGGCGCUGGGCAUAGAACAUUCACUGAAGUCAUCAAAGAACAAGGUUUUAAGAAAUGCUGUACAUGUUGAAGAAGCUGAAGUGGAGAAAUGUGUCAGAGAUAUAAUGAAAGCAAAGAAGAUAAAAGAGGAGGAUACAGGGUUUAAGACAAAUCUGCAUAUCUCCUUACUGCAGAUAUCAGGUUAUACAAAGCUUUAUUUGAAUGUGGAAGAUCUGAGGAAGGUCCCAUAUGAUUCAGAUAACAAGGAACAUGAGGAACAGUUAAUUGAGCUUUGGAAUUUGCUGAUGCCUCAGGAGAAGCUGAAGGCCAGGGUCAGCAAGCAGUGGUGUGACAUUGGCUUCCAAGGUGAUGAUCCUAAAACAGACUUCAGAGGAAUGGGCCUGCUGGGAUUAGUGAAUCUGGUGUAUUUUAGUAAGCAUUACAGCAGUGAAGCUCGUGAGGUCCUUUCUCAUUCAAAUCACCCAAAGCUGGGAUAUUCUUAUGCAAUAGUUGGAAUCAAUCUGACAGAAAUGGCAUACAGCUUACUCAAGAGUGGUGCUUUAAAGCCUCACCUGUACAACGUGGUGUCCGGGUUGCCACAGAUGGAGCACUUCCAUCAGUUUUACUGUUAUCUGGUUUAUGAGUUUGACAAAUUCUGGUUUGAAGAAGAACCAGAAAGCAUUAUGCACUUCAACCAGUACAGAGAGAAAUUCCAUGAAAAAAUUAAGGGACUACUCCUGGAUUAUAACGUGGUACUAACCUUACAAAAUAGAAAGAAACAUUAACUCUUCUGCAGUUGAUGAGGUUCUGUGUCAAAAAUGGAAUUAUGGAUUUGGAUGGAGGUUUUGCGUGGUUCGCCAAAAACUGUUUAACAACAGAACUUUUUUUACAUUUUAAAAAAAUAUCAAAAUUCAGUUAAGAAAGCUUGGACAAUCAACCUCUGUUUACAGCUCUUUAUAUGCUAUUCUCCAAAGGACAGCUUUAUUAAAAAAAAAAAAAAAAAAAAGAAAAAAACAUAAAAUCCAACAAACCAACCCAAAAAACAAUCCACAAAUCUGAAGAGCCUCUGAAUCCCUUGUUUUCACAAUUUCUUUUAUACUACUUGGUGCAGGAACAUGAAGCAGGUAUUUAUGGUGUGUCAUGUUUUUCAUUAAUAGGUUUGACUGUUUAUAUUGUCUUUUAAAAUCCUGUUUUAGUUGAAAUUACUCUGGUUUUAGACUUUUUGCAUUCUUGUUCUGUACAUGUAGUUGAUAGUUCACUUGUUAAAUUUCUCUGAAAUUAAGAGGUCCAUGAAAGUGAUGUAUUAGUCACUUAUGAUUUUGGAGAAGAGGCGUAAUCCAUCAACGUACUGAUGGUACUUACUAGAAAUUACUUCUGACUAAGGAAGUUUUUUUAUCUACAGAUUUAUACCAGCAAAUUCCUAUGUUUGGAAAAAGCUUAGCUUGCAAACAGAAAGAACCACAAAUCGGUGUGAGGAUCAAAUCCUCAGACUAAAGCCACUCCUAAAAAAUUUCCUACUGUAAAAGUUUUCAGUUCUUUCUAAUCUGACUUCAGUUGCUUAAGCUGCUUGACUUUGCAUCUGUUGUCAGCCCUUUCCUUUAGUAGCUAAUGGAGUGUUCUCAAUGGGAAGAACAAGAGAGUUAGUUUAGACCUAUUAUGGAAUUCACUCAUUAAAAACCUUUAUUGCAGCUGCAGUCCGUAUUUUGUAAACAUAAAUUCAUAUCUGAGUACAAGUUUCUAACAAAGAUGUGUUUUCCAUGGAAAGGAUGGAGCUGCGCCAUGUUCCUUAAUGUUGGCAUCCUCAGACAAUCUAGUCAAUAGGGCUUCAUAUCUAUAUUGUGACUAAUUAUUGCUUUAAGCAACUUUAAACAGAUUUGGUAUGACCCUCACUUCAUUUUCUAAAACCUACUAUUAAAUAAGUGCCUUCUGCUUUAUUCAAUCAGUGUUUUAUUUUGAUUCUGUAACCAGAUGGUAGCCUUAGAAGCUUGAGUUAUUUGGGAAAGACUCUUUCAGUAUAUACCUAAAUAGCACACAGUGGCACAAAAUUUGUUUCCUAAUAGAAGCUUUCAUUUGUUUUUAGUUUUCUUUUUUAUAAUCUCGGGUAAAUUACUUAACUUCUAGUCAAUGACUAUUCAUUAAGAGAUUCCUGAAGAAUACAAACACUGAACAUGAGAAGAAAAGAGACAAACCCCUUUUGCAAAGGGUGAUGUUACACUACAUAAGUAUUAGAUGUAUGAUUAUAAUAUGUAAUAUUCCAUCUCCUUGGAGAUACUCAAAACCCAACUGGCCAUGGUCCUCAGCAGCCUGAUUUAGGCCACCCAGCUUUGGGCAGCAGGUUGGAGUCGGUAUCUCCAGAGGUGCCUUCCAACCUCAGUUAUUCUGUGAGUCUGUAUUGUGUAAUUAGUGACUUCUUGUGCUGCAGCCACCCCGUUGCUCUUGAUCCCUUAAAUGUUGGUGUUCUAUGUGUGGGAAAAGUCCUCAUCAGGGUAGACAGUAUAUAUGUAGGAAGUAACACAGUUCUGGUUUAUUUUUGUACAUUAGAUAUAGAUGAGAAUUAAUUCUUGAGUUUAACAUGUGCAGGGCAGAGAAUGGUUCAUCUCAUCUGUGUUGGGUUGAUGACAUUCAACUAAAAAAAAAAAAAAAGUAACCUGAAGAUGCUUGUAGAGAGAGUGUUUAUGGUUAUGCCAAGGUUUGUUGGCUGAACAGCUACACUGACUAGAUUAGCUACAAAACUGACUGCAAGAAGCCAAGUUCUUUUGCUGCUUCCAGGUACUUGAGUCCUGUAAUUCUCACUAUUGAAAAAGGGGAGAUCUUACGGGGGGCGUUGUGAGAUUCACAUCCCACAGUGGAGCUUUUUCUCUGACCCUUGGAGGUACCAGGAAUUCCUAAAGGCUGAGGAGAGAAGUGGAACGUGCACUCUUUCCCAGAAGUUAGUUGCCUGUUAUUUUCUAGCCCCAGCUUUUGUGUUUGUCUUCCUUGGUUAAUUAUUGUUGCUGCUGCUUGUUAGAUAAGCAGUGUGAGACUGACUUCUUGAAUUUCAGCAGUGACCCCAAUAUGUUUAGCAGCAGCAGGAAAGAAGAUCCCAUUCUUUAUUUUCAUCUCCUCCUUGCUAACAAGAAAAUCGCUUGAGCCACCUCUCUAAAACACUCUCCUAUGCUAGAGUCUGCCAACUUUUUUUUGGCAACAGUUGCAGAAAUAACUUAGACCCUCCUCUUGGCUCCUUGUUCACUACAAGACUGACAUUUAACUACUUCUGAGGUUUUUAAAGUUUCGCAUUUUCUAUCACAAACCAAAGGCAUUUUAGUGUAAAAUGUAGAUUAAGCCUGAUGUGUGAUGCGUCUUCAUUGCCUUUUUUUAAAUAUUGGAGCAUGAGCUGGGAGUAAACUGUGGCAGUAUACAAGGAAAAAAGUAAACCCAACCAUCAUUAGAUGAGUGAGAUACAUGGAAAUACAUUAGUUUGUGUGUGGUAAUUAAGGUGAAUAUUUGUGUUAGGCUCCAAUACACUUUGUCAGUAAACGGUUAGAAUUUGUAUGAAGUUCUGUAGGAUCACUAACCCUGUCCUAUCUUGGGGUCACUCUGCUAUGUGUAGACUAGUCCUGGGUUUCCCUGUUUUGCGCUAGUCGUAGGAUAAUUGUAUUAUGAUGGUAGCUAGAAUAUAUGGAAAAAAGUAAAAUCAUCUCUAGGGAAGUGAACUAUGUGUUGCUUGUCAGUGGUAUUUUAUACUACCUGUUGUAAGGUGACAAUCCUAAGGUUGCGGAAGACUGAAAAUGGAGGUGGGCCACCUUUCUGCAAGUUGAUAUAAUCAAUUUGUUUAACAUCAGAACAUGUUGCUUGUGGUUUAUUCUGAGACUCUUAAAACCUCAGUAAAUUCUCUUAUUUAUUAACUGUCAUGUUUUAAAGUAUGUAUUGUCUUAUUGGAACUUGCAAAUAUUGUUAGUUUUCUAACUUGCUGCCUCUUUAAAGCAUUCACUAUGUGAAAGCUUAUAUGCAAUAGUAGUUUUAGAACAAAAAUAAAUCAAUAACACUGAAGACAACAAGGUGGUUCUCUAAAUUUUUUGGUUUUCUUGUAACAACUGCUUAAGAAACUACCUCCACUUGGUUGUUUAGUGUAUGCUUGAAACCUGGUGCUACUCCAUGAACAAAUUAAUCUGAAGAUAAGUAGUUUAGAAUAAGCAAAAGUAAAAUCUGGACUUUCAAUAAGUAAAUGCAUUGCUUCAUGAGUAACCAACUCAAUUGGAAAGCAUGAUUUGAAGACAGCACUACUUAGGAAGAAAGAAACAGGGAAUGUUUUUAACCUGGUGGUGCUUUUGUUGUCCGAUAAGAUCAGUGUAAAAAAAUAGGGCCUUUUGUCCUAAAGGAAGAUAGGAAAAAAGGGGCUGAUUAAAGCACCACACAAAUAGUUUUGGAUUUUCACUCUUUCAAAAAGCAAAAAAAAAAAACACAAAAAUUAAACACACACAAAGCCCCAAGCAUUCAUUUUCCAGAUUGUCCAUCCUAGUUUAAAUAAACAUUUUACAUAAAGCUAUUGGUCAACUUUAAGAAUUGCCAUGAUGAAAAACUUUGCAUUUAGUUAAGUGGGAGUUGAGCAGUCAGUAUUCUUGAAAAUACUGCUAGUGUAUGAGUGGUAGAGAUGUAACCUGUUGUUUCUCUCUGUCAUACUUGUUCUGUGUUGCUGUAGUACAAUGGUGAUCAAUCUUUGGACUGAUGUUUCUUGUGCCCGUCUAUACAUUGUCUUUUGCUAAAGAAGAAAAAAAAUGGCCCAAGACAGCUUCUGGGCUGUUUCUUCUUAUCACACUGUGCUUAGAUAGCUGCAUACUAAUAGAAAUUUCUGUUUACCACAAUAUAAAAGCAAUAAUGUUAACUGUGAUGUCUGUGUAAUGGAAAGAGAUGUUUACAAUGGUGGCAAAUAAAGAACGAGUUAUUCCAAAA